GCCUUUUUAAUCAGUCUCGUGUUUAUCUGUCCUCAAACUGAAGCCUAAUCCAAGCCUAAAGAGUUCACGAUCCACAGGUUCUCGGUUCUCAGGCUGUCCAUAGAGAAGUUAUGGCACUAAUACUCUGUUUCAUAUUGGGGUCGAUGUUUACAGGGAUAUUCAGUGAUGUGGAUUCUCCAGGGUGUGGUACAAAUAGUGUCGGUUUUGAUUACUCAACCCUUCCUAAAGGAAACAACAAACGAAUUGUUGGAGGGCAAAUAGCAACACCUCAUUCGUUUCCAUGGAUGGUUGCUUUGAAGUAUCGAGGUGUGUUCGUGUGUGGAGGAUCUCUGCUGAAAGGUUCCUCUAACAAGUGGUAUAUCCUUACAGGGGCUCACUGUCUCCAUGGAUUAGUAUCAUCCGAUCUGGAAGUCGUCCUUGGUGCUCAUGACAUGUCCAUAAAUGAACCUUCAUCCGAGACCAUCGCCAUUAAGCAAACAAUGAAUCAUCCCUUAUUCAACCCCAUCACGUUGGAAUACGACACAGGUUUGAUGGAACUGGCAUAUCCUCCUCAAAUACAGCGACCAGAAAUCAACUUUGGCUGUGUUGCUGCAAGCAAGCCCGUGUCUGGUGCCAUAUGCUAUGUAAUUGGAUGGGGUACAACAUCCGUAGAAAGUGCCCCAUCAGAUAUGCUACAAGUAGUGGAGAAGCCAGUCAUGUCUCAGCAAACAUGUGAAAGUAUCUACGGUACUGACUAUCACAACUCGUCCAUGCUGUGUGCAGGCUACCCACAAGGAGGGAAGGAUUCUUGCAAGUUAGAUAGCGGAGGGCCGUUAAUGUGCUACCAGAACAGCCGUAUGGAAAUUAUCGGUACCGUCAGCUGGGGCUUUGGCUGUGCAGAGCCAAAUUCACCAGCUGUUUACGCCAGUACCCUGAGUACCAGGCAGUGGGUUGAGAAGACAAUAAAUGCAUAAAGACAAACUGGUAUUUGAGUUGUAAUAAACUAUCGGAAACUG